CAUGGCGGCGCUGUCAGCCAGCUCCUCUGAGUGCUGCACACUCAAAAAGACUCUAAACAGGUUAAUUUCCAACACGUCGGACUCCCCAAGAGCACGAACCCGCUCGGAACCGCUGUACGUGAUCUCUCUAGAGCGCUACGGCAGAGACGCGGACUUCGGGCUCCGUUUCCCGGACAGUAUCUCCAUGUCGGACAGUCUAUUUGACGCCACUAUCACGGAUGGAGACUGUAAAAUCCGCGUGUCUCUGGAUCCCGCUGUAAACAGACUCAUCAGCGUGAAUAAACUCCACUGCGGCUCCGUCAUACGGCACGUGGAGUUCAGCCGCGGGGAAGCCAGCGACGGAGACGGCGGGUCUUUUCAUGUGUGCAGUCUGGAGGUGGACAGACUCUCCGGCGGUGAUGCCGCUCUUCGGGCGCUCUCAUCCGUCAAUGUGAGGUCCAUUCCGUGGAUGGGAGCAGAGCCGAGCUCGGGUCCACUCAGAGCCCGCAGAAGCUCCUACUUGCCGCUGUGGAAUAAUCACGACUUCAAUGGAGAGGUGUGGCGGGACACGCCUCCCUCUGAACCCGACGCAGAGGACUCUGAGGAUGAGAUAGAUGAUAUCGGGUCGACGGUUUCACUUGCAGAAGUACGCAGACGUUUCUUGAGUGGAUCUCGGCGGUACCGGGGCGCUCUGUGUGUGCGAAUACUUCACAAAUCCAGACUGAUUUAUUAUGGGAAAGCAGAUCAGAAAUGUGAAUGUCCUUAUAAGGCAGAGUUGCAGGUCGGUGAUGGUUCAUCCAAUGCCUGUGUUGUGCUGUGGAACACAGUCUGUCUGGAAUGGUACCGAAUCUUACAUCCGGGUCAGGUUGUAAGAUUGUGUCGAUACAGAGUCAAGGAGAGUUACAGCAGCCGCACAGGACAAGAAACAGAGCCACACAUUGAGAUCAGUCUUAAUUCCAGGAAUCCCACUGCUCAGAUAACUAUCAUCCCUAAGAACCAGAUUUCUCCAGACUGGGUUUUACCAGACCUGCCUCAUUCAUUCAUCUGCGGACAGGAGCUUCCUAGUUGUCCACAAGGCCACAUCUGCGAUGUCAUUGGUGUUGUGAUCUUUGUUGGUCGACCAGAACGUGUCAGGAGGAAAGAUGGGCAAAGGUCAGAGGUCGAGGAGUAUCGUUGGCUUCAACUGGCAGACAGAACAUCAGACAAGCCAAUCAUGAUCAAGCUUUUCUCCACGUCACAACCUGACAUUCAAAGUCGCGUCUAUCCAAUGGCGUUGCUUGUCUGCACUAGGCUAAAGCUGAUCAGAAGUGCAGUUGACAGAGCUACAACUUUUGAAUAUCUCACCAACACAUCACUAACCCAGGUUUACUGCACAGGCACAGGGUCUCACCCCGUGAUGCCAUACAAAGGAAUACGGCCCAUCCGGCAGUUUCUCCACUGGCUGAAGCAGGUAGAUGAGAGCAGUCUGCUGGAAAGAGCUGUGAUUGGAGGAUAUUUCAGCUACCCACCACUUCCUGUUUCACUACAUAACUUCAUGGAAAACAGACAAGGGGAAGCUGGUCUCAUCAGUGGAGGAGAGAUGAAAUUAGAGUGUGAGAAGUUAAAUUAUAGAGAGAAACGACAGUUUGCUCUUCAGUGUGUCAUCACUGCAGCCUGCUACCAUCACAGAGAGGACAGUGGGCGAACACAGUAUUCAGAUCUUCCAUCAGCUCCACUCAGCCCUAGAGUGCGACGGCAAAGAGAGGGGUCUGAACCUCACAGGACUUCCGUGAAGCGGAAACUUUUCAGCAGUACUAGUCCUAGAAAGCGGUUGGCACCACCUCUGCAACCGCUUGCAACAGAGGAUGAUGGGGAGAGAGAUUUUUCCUUGUUUGAUGGUGCCAUGGAGUUUCUAGUUGGAGAACAGGAAGAUGACAGUAAUGAUGAAGAUGAUGACGAAGAGUUCUCAACGCUGCCCACUAGUCCCAUGACCUCCCGCCUGGGACUGACACGUGUUGCCAUUGAAACUUUGCCACGGGUUUUUUGUUAUGAGCGGCGACACAUCCAGGCUGUAGCUGUGGGGCUGCAGGUGAACAACUUUCACAAGCUCCUCCCACAGAGAGAGCUGGAGUCAUUUAGCCCCGCCUCCUGCUACACUGGAUACUUCACUCUUUCAGUGAAAGCUCUGUCAGAUGGAGUCAUGCUUGAUGUUCUUUUUCUGCCUGCUGCCCCGGGAAACUUGCACUGGAUGCCCCUCCCCCUGUCACACAAUAACUCCUGGGAGUCUAUCCUAUCACACGGAGGCUUUUCACCACAUGCCCCGCCCCCAAGCCCUGCUGACUUGAUCGCCACUGCAAAUCAGUUGACCAAUCAAAGACUGCUGUGUGUAUUAGAUGCAUGUGCACUAGGAGAAGAGAAGAUGGAACUGGUGCUAAACCGUGCAUUUCCUUUACGAUGACAGAAA